UAAUAGUAAUAAUAAUAAUAAUAAUAAUAAUAAUAGUAAGAGAAAAUAGAGGAGGGAAAAGGAGGGAGGAAAGGUGGAAAAACUUAGGAAAGGAAGGAAACUAUUCCACCUUCGAGCAUGGCCUCGGUGGCAGCAUGGCUGCCGUUCGCUCGUGCGGCGGCGAUUGGUUGGGUGCCGAUCGCCACACAUCCACUGCCACCGCCGCCGAUCCCCAAGGAUCGUCGCAAGGCCGACGACGAGAAAUUAUUGAUAAACGUGAGCGGCCGUCGCUUCGAGACAUGGCGGAACACCCUCGAGAAGUAUCCGGACACUCUUCUCGGUUCGAACGAGCGCGAGUUCUUUUACGACGAGGAGAGCAAAGAGUACUUCUUCGACCGUGAUCCAGACAUAUUCCGCCACAUAUUGAACUAUUACAGAACCGGAAAGCUUCAUUAUCCGAAGCACGAAUGCCUGACGAGCUACGACGAGGAGUUGGCGUUCUUCGGUAUAUUGCCGGACGUGAUCGGCGAUUGCUGUUACGAGGAUUAUCGGGACAGGAAACGCGAGAACGCGGAGCGUUUGAUGGACGACAAGCUGAGCGAGAACGGGGAUCAAACUCUUCAGCAGUUGCCGGACAUCAGGCAAAAGAUGUGGAGGGCAUUCCAGAAUCCGCACAUCUCGACGGCGGCUUUGGUAUUUUAUUAUGUAACAGGAUUCUUCAUCGCCGUGAGCGUGCUGGCGAACGUGGUCGAGACCGUGCCGUGCGGUAAUCGUCCGGGACGCGCCGGUACGCUUUCAUGCGGCGAGCGUUACAAGAUCGUAUUCUUCUGCCUGGACACCGCGUGCGUAAUGAUAUUCACCGCGGAAUAUCUGUUGAGGCUGUUCGCGGCCCCGAGCCGGUGUAAGUUCGCGCGAUCCGUCAUGUCUAUCAUAGACGUGGUCGCAAUCCUCCCGUACUACAUCGGCCUCGGCAUCACCGACAACGACGACGUAUCCGGUGCUUUCGUUACGUUGCGCGUCUUCCGUGUGUUCCGGAUCUUCAAGUUCUCGAGGCACUCGCAAGGGCUCAGGAUCCUCGGUUACACGUUGAAAUCGUGCGCCUCGGAGCUCGGUUUCCUCGUCUUCUCCCUCGCAAUGGCGAUCAUCAUAUUCGCAACCGUGAUGUUCUACGCGGAGAAGAACGUCGAUGGAACGAACUUCACCUCGAUACCUGCCGCGUUCUGGUACACGAUCGUCACGAUGACCACAUUAGGGUACGGUGACAUGGUUCCGAAAACGAUCGCGGGAAAAAUCGUGGGGGGUGUAUGCUCUCUCAGCGGUGUCCUUGUGAUCGCUUUACCGGUGCCUGUUAUCGUCAGUAAUUUCAGCCGAAUAUAUCACCAGAAUCAGCGGGCCGAUAAGCGAAAGGCGCAGAGGAAAGCAAGAUUGGCACGGAUCAGGAUCGCGAAAGCGUCGAGCGGGGCGGCCUUCGUGAGCAAAAAGAAGGCGGCCGAGGCGCGUUUGGCCGCGCAGGAGAGCGGCCUUCAGCUGGACGACAAUUACAAGGAGGAGGAUAUCUUCGAACUGCAGCAUCAUCAUCUACUUCGUUGUUUAGAGAAGACCACGGAUCGCGAGUUCGUGGAGAUGGAGGUGCCCUACAACGGUGCCCCGAAGAGGCCGGGCUCGCCCUCGCCCCUCACCUCUCCCGCGCACAGCACUGCCUCGAGGGGCGGCCUGCUGCACGCCUGCUGCGGCCGCUGCUACCCCCAACGUUACCAGAGCUUGUCUUAUCAGCUCACCUCGAACGAGAGCAAGGAUAGAGUGGUGCUCGUAUAUGAAGACCGUAUACAAGUGCGGAAAAAGGACCUAAAGAAGCGCGGUUCCCACACCUGUGACAUGCAGGCCCUACAGCCACUUCCGGUCCCAACCACCACAACCACCAACACCGCGCCUGCCAUGACUACUUCCGGUGGCCAGCCACCGCUUCCGGUAUCGGAGACCGCUUGAGUCGAUCACCGAGACCAAUCACGAUCACCAUAUCCGUUAUUAUGAACAAAAAAAAAAAAGAAAAAGAAAAAGAAAAAAGAAAAAAAGAAAAAAAGAAAAAAGAAAAAAAAAUAAUAAUAACAUCACCUUUAACAAAACACCAUCACCGUCCUCCUCUUCUACUCGAUGAAAGAACAAUGGCCGACCGGCCGGAAGAACGUAGGAAAAGAUAGAGACGGAUCGAUGGCGCCCCAAGUGGCAAGCGCCACGAUCUACGAUGAGAGAGAGAGAGAGAGAAAGAGAAGGAGAGAGAGAGAAAUUCCACGGAACUCGGAAGGAGCGUGAAAGGGAGAUUAGAUAGAGAAGAGAAAUUAAAAAAAAAAAAAAAGAAAAAAGAAAGAGAUAUCGUUCAACGAAGCGAGGAAGAAAUAUUAAAAGGAUCGACGAUCCACGACGUCCUCGACGAGGAGGACGGAAGCCGCUCGUUCUCGAAGAGGAUGGAUUCCGCGCGACUCGAAGGUGGAUGGAAGACGUCGAACCGGAAGAAGAGGAAGCUCCAACCUCCAUCGAACCCGGAAUUCUUCGCAUUUUCGAGGACGAAGAUUCGCCAAUGCACGCACACGGCGUCUGCACACACCUUCCCCUUUCAGUUCUUUCCACUCUCACGAUACGAUGGAUCGAUGAAUUUUAAACUCCGCCUUCUAGAAAGACGCGCGCCACCCCUGAACCCGCUUCUUUCCGCUCGAGGAAUACGAUCGAAAAGGAAAAGAAAGCGAAACGAGGAGGAGGAGGAAGAAGAAGAGGAAGAGGAAGAAGGAAGAGGAGGAGUAGAAUAAAAAAAUCGGAUAAAAUCGGUGCAAAACUCGAUGCGCGAUCGAUUUUUAUCCCCGCGCGGAAUGCUUUUUCAAUAGCCGAGCGGCGGAAAAUGACGCGCGGCACGAUGAUUUCCGGCGCAACUGGCGCGCGUUUCCACGGCCCUCGUCAUUUCCGGGAUCCGGCGCGUCGAUCAACCCGCCCGGAAAACGAGCGUAGUCGCGACUAAUACAUACAUAUAUAUAUAUAAUCGGUCGAUCGAGUUUCGACGCACCAUUCCCCUCCAACCUUUUGGCUACCUUUCUUGCUACGUUUCCAAGAGGGACGCAGCUCGUACCCCUCCGUUCUCGAUCAUCGCUUCUUAACGGCGAAGGGCGAGAGCGGAAACCUCGAAAUAAAUAACGGGAGGGGGAGGGGAACGAUCAUCGUAUUUUCACGGAAAAAUGGUCAAAGAUAUGGUCGCCGUCGCUCUUUCUAGACGAGACUCGCGUCCCUGACUAGUUCGUAAGGAUAUUCGAUUUUUAAAGAAAAAUGAAAAAAAGAAAAAAAAAAAAAAAGAGAGAAAUUCGAUCGAUCCACGAAACGACGCAGUUUCUUUAGUAUUAUACGAGUCUCUUAAACUCGUCAGGUUUAAUUUAGCGGACGAUACGCUCAAGUGUACGCGAGUACAUGGCAUAAAGGGUUGAUUGAUUCGAUAGUAUAAGGAGUGAUGGUAAAGAGAAGAGGGGAAAAUAAAAGGAUUAUCGUGGCCUUUACGAUCGUAAAAAAUGAUCAUCGUGGAAUAUGUUUCGAAGUAUCCUCGAUAGAAGUCGAUUGGUCGGAGAAUUUGUCCGAUGGAGGAUAAAAUAAUGAUCGGCUAGGAAAGAGAGAAACGAUCACGUCGGGGCCGCGUACUCUUGAUACUCUUAAAAUAAAGUAAGAUGAUGCCCUCGUUCUUUCAAAGAAAAAAAAAAAAAAGAAAAAAACUCUCUCAAUGAGUCCAUUUUUCGUUCCUCUUUUUUUUCCCCCCUAGCCCUAGUAACCCUUUGUCGAUCGAAUUCCACCGGAUCGAUCGUGGCCUUCUUUUCUCCUAUUCGAGAAUUGGAGAUGGAUAUCGGGUGCGAAAGAGUCAUUUCUUUUUUUUUUUUUUUUUUUUUUUUUAAAUUCUAUUGGAGCUUUGCUUUGAUUGAAAGGAAUUCGAGGGAAGGGAUCGUGGAGUAAGGGAUCGAGGAAUCCCACGAUCGAUUCGACUCGCGCACGACUCGACGAGGGAUGAAACGGCGGUAGAAUUUCGAAGAAAACUUCUCUCUCGGGUGACGAUAGGCUACGGAAGAAUAGGUGUUUUAAUUUGAACGAAGCUGUAAAUAUAAUUCAUGAAAGGGGAGAAAGAAAGCGGAAUCUCUCUGUUGUCCUGUAAUUAACUUUGUAAUUUAAUUGUAAACGAUCUAAUAGAGCGAAGACGAACAAAGAAAAAAAAAAAGAAAUAAAAAAGAAAAAAGAAAACAAAAAGCAGAGAAGACAAAAGAGGAUAUAUAUAUUAUAUUAUAAAUACAAAUUAAAAAGAAAAAGGGAAUAUAUUAUAUAUAUAUAUAUAUAUAUACAUAAAAAUACAGAUAUAUUCUAUACAGAUAAACGUACACAUACGGAUACAUACACGCACAUAUGAACGUAAGUCGAAAUGAGAAGGACAGGUGGACAUACCGAUUAUUACUCGUACACAUACACACAAACACACGAAGCACCCUCGCGUCGCGCAAUAAAACAAAUUCUAAAUCGACUUUCAAACUAGAAUGCGUGCCUGAGUGCGUGGGAGACCAACCCUCGUGAGCCAUCGAGCCACCCUUCUCCUAAAAAGAAACUUUAAUUCGGAUUUAAAAUUUUAGCUAAUUUUAGACAAACGAAGGGGAUAUACUCGGGUUGCUCGGGUAGCUGAAAAUAAAAUUCUUUAAUCGGUGGUUGCUUGAUCGUUUUAGCUUGGAUUUAUAGAUAUAUAUAAAACGAAUUCACCAGGUUGAAAAUAGAACGUGUUGGAAAUUUCGAUUUCUUCUCUCCUCUGAAAUAGAAAAGAAGAAAAAAAAAAAAAAAAAAGAAAAAAGAAAAAGAAAAAGUUCGUUUCAAUAGCGUUCGUUGUUAAAAAUAUA